AUGGAAGCGGUGGAGAUUGUUGAACGUACUUGGAAGAACAGCAGCAACAACAAUCCACCACCUCGAAUAGUCUUGGGCGGGUGCUGUCGCACACGACCAGCCACGAUUCGUGCACUGCGGACGUUGGUAGACCAGCGACAAACAACAACAACGACAAAAAAGCAGGAAUCGCCAGCAUCAUUGACAUCCGAACAGGAAAGAAUGCUGGCCAGGAUCAUGGGUCGAGAGGCAGACUUUGAUCGGCAACUGGGGGAGAUUGGAGAAGGCUUGCAAGACUUGGCAGACACACAACAACUGCAGACAGAGCAUGUUCAGAAACAAGCAGCCACAAUCAAAAAAGUAAACGACAAGGCGCCACUCUAG